CUCAACGAGCAUGGAGUCUACACCACUAGUAGCAGACAACAAUCAAGAAGGCAAGUCUAAACUCGGAAACCUCCUCAAAGCUAACGUUGUGUUUCUGGUUUACCAUUUAGCUGUCAAUAUCCACGAGCCAUUGUUAACGCAAUAUCUUUACAAGAGGUACUCCGAUGAGUUGUUCCAUAACAGCACUGCACACACUUCAAACCAAACAUCCACGUGUUACCUCAAUGAGUCGGAUCCAGGGUAUAUAUUACGGGAAAAGGUUCAAGACAGGACAUCAAACAUUCAGAUUGUACUAACAGCUAUAUCAAGCCCGAUUCAACUCAUAAGUUGUAUGUUCCUUGGGGCAUAUUCUGAUUUUCUUGGUCGAAGAUUUCUUUUCAUUGUGCCUUUAAUUGGAGAGCUUGUGAGGUAUAUGACGUUGACCAUUGUUAUUUACUGGAAUCUAGAUCUUAGAUACCUGUACAUUGGCGAGGUCUUAGAUGGGAUUUCAGGGGGAUACAAUGGUGUCAUUCUAGCUAGUUAUGCCUACACGGCUGACAACACGCCACCUAUGAACUCCCGAACAGUAGGUAUCGCUGUGAUAGAUUUCACCACCUCCUUAUCUUCUGCAGUUUCCCAGAUCAUGACUGGAUACUUCAUCAAAGACCUUGGGUAUUUCUACCCCUCUGUGACUACUUCAUCACUUAUGCUUCUCCCUCUACUCGUUGUCGUUAUUCUGCUCCCAGAAACGAUCAACACAGAUAGAAGAUCUCAGUACCCAACGCCGGUAAAAGCGGUGAAAAAUGUCUUUGGAUUCUACUUUUCGAAAGAUUUUGGCCCAAAGAGAAGUCUAUUCUGGCUCUCAAUUGCAGCAUAUUUUCUGAUAUACUUUAACACCGGUGGUGUGUACAUUGUAGAAUAUCUUUACCAACUGAACCAGCCAUUCUGUUGGGGACCAGAGCUCAUCGGCUACUACAAUAUGGCGGUGUCCCUUUCCAGACAACUACUGGGGAUUCCAGUCAUCAAACUCCUCCACCUGUGCACCUCAGACCCAGGAAUAUGUAUCAUAACAUCUGUUAUGCAGGCUGGAGCCUAUGUCCUAGAGGGCCUGGCUGAUACCAACGUCAUGCUUUUCGCAGUUAUUUUGCCAUGUGGCAUUGCUUCCCCUCUCCUCCCGGCAGUGCGAGCUAUCAUGUCAAGGAUGGCGCCUGCGGAAAUGCAGGGAUCACUGUUUGCCGGGGUUGGGCUAAUUAACAUCAUCUCAGCAGGAAUGGGGGUAACAGUGUACAACGAGAUAUAUGAUGCCACUGUGAAGAUAUUCCGUGGAUUUGCCUUCUUCGUCUGUGCAGCUUGUCACGUGUUGGCUGUGGUCAUUAUAGUAUUGUUUCUGUGUAUAUCACACCGUAUCAUCGACACUGAUACCUCACCUGUUGUUGUGAUCAAUGACCCCGAUCAGUAGCCUGGCCUGGCCUGGUCUGUCAUCCCCAGGACAAGGCUAUCAUGACAUGACGAUGUAGUGGCACUGGAUGAUGCCUGUGACUGGAGAAGCCUUUAUACCUGAAGCAUAGAUAUUGACAUAAAGCCCAACUCUUAAUACGGUGAAUCGUUGUUAGUCCAGACACUUCCGGGAAGAUUACUGUCGCGAACGACCAUAUAUGGUUUAAGCAGUAAGUGAUAUUCAAGUAUGACUUUACAUUUAUGUCUGUGCAUAUUACUUGAAGCCUAAAACUGAUAAUAGACACUCAAGUGACUGCCAUAAUUGUCAUGUCAAAAGUGUGAUAGAAGACACAUACCACGUAGUGCUCGGGUUAGUCUACAGGCAUAAUGUCAAAAUCAUGACAGUAGGGAGAAUCAUUGCAAAACGUUCUUCUCGCCGUGACUUCCUGUAAAUGUGCUAAACUCAUUCAUAUUUCAUAUUUAAAAGCCACCUAAUUAGAUGGUUCAGUUUGUGAACGUUACAUGACUAGCAAUUUAUGAUAUCCAACAACACUGAGGUAUAUUUUUACUGCACUGACCUAUUAUAGAACAUAUGUUUCUUUUAUUGCACACUUGACACUAGGUUACCUGUACGAAUUACAUUCCCAAUAAAGACUCGAUGAUUGUGAUAAAAAAAUUGGGUUCAUCCUCAUGAUUCAACAUGGUUCCACUGUUGAACGUAAAUUCUUGCCAUAAUGCUUCCCUCGAGGGACGUUGAAAUGAGUUAACACAAAGAUGUUCAUUCAUUAAAGCGUUGAUAAAUGUAAUGCAAACGUAUGCAUGCGGUAAAUAUACUGGAUUGAAACAUGAAA